ACAUGCGAUUAAGCCUCCCAGGACCUAAGCUCCCGGCGCGUCCAAACAAAUUAAAAUGAAUUCGAUUUAUUAUGACAUUUUGAAGCUUGCUUAAAAACCGGUAAAUGCUAAAGGUUUCUUGUUCAGCACUGCUAUAGAAUGUUUCGAAGCGCCUUUUCUAUUUCGGUUAUUAGCCCCUUCGUUUAUUAGCUCUCUUAAAACCCCUUAAGAAAAUGUAUAAACCCAGGGCUUAUAAGCGACAUAUUACGGUGUGGAAUUUCUACCCAAAGAUAAUUUCCGCUUUUACUUCGUUUUGUUUUUGUGCAGACCAAACACAGGACGGUCUCCUUUUGAAGAAGAAAAAACCGAUCUUCUGCACAAGUACAAUAGGAUUUCACUGAAAGAUGCAGGUAAGGGAGGCGGGCCUAGUCAGGCUAUCUUUUGUGUCUACCACCAGGAAGCCGUGUGAAAUCAGAAGUGCUGUCCGCGUGUUUUACUGUUAUUUGUUUGAAAUCUAGUACACUGCACGGGUGCCAGCCCGUCCUAAUUUGUAAAAGGUAGGCGAAUAUUCCUGGAGCUAAAUUCUCAAAAAGUGUAGUUAUCUUCAAAAAGAUAAAUAAAAAUUCGUCGUCGUCUCGUCCUCCAUAAAACGUCGCUUUAGGGGGUUUCACGUCGUAGUCGUGCAGUGGACGUUAAAGAAAUGUACUAAAAAGUGUGGUGUACGUGCAGAGCCGUAUUGUUUUGUUCAUAAAAUGAAUUUUUUGACGUACUCGCUGCCGUCGUCGUUGUGGUUGCAGAGCUUUUAAAAUAAAAGCCAUUAAAUAAAAAAAUUUCUUUUGUUGUGACUUCAUGUUUUGCUAAUCGUUUAACAGGUUACACGAAAAGUAAAACUCGUAAAAUGUCAAGUACUCUGAUUGGUCAGGAACUAAAUACUGUUGUAUACUUUUGAUUCAUUAGAAGCUGGAUGGAAAGCACAGUACGAAAGAACCAGAGAUCACUGUAUUCACGGAUUAGGCUGCAAGACUGGACCUUCUUGUAAAAGUAAGUGAAAACUUUAUUACAGUGGUGUAUUCCUUAGAAGUCUGCUUAAGAGACCACGAGGAAGUGACUCGACAAAAUGAGUUAAUCCUUCUUUAAAAGAAUAACUCCGACAAUUUGUUAAUGAAUGAACGAAUAAACUUUAUGAACGUGUCAAUACAAUAUCUGGUAGAGAGGAAUCCCUCGUCUAAUAGGGGACACCUAAAGCGCGAUACAAUGGUGACAUUCAGUUGCAAUAAAACGAAUUUUUUAAAUUUACAGUGAGCACGAUACAAUGAAAAGUUAUCAACUUGUUAGUGGCUAGCUUUAAAAAAAUACGUAACGUUGAUGGGUAAUGCAGUCCAUGAUUAAGAUAUGGUCAUGCUAUCUUUCUUUAUCCCAUCCUAUCCUAUCCCAUUCCAUUCCAUUCCGUCCUAUCCUGACCUGUUAAUUAGAAAGAAAAGACAGCAUAAUAGCAUCCCAAUAUCAAUACCUUGUAUGGUUACUUGGUAUUGGCCAUUUUGAGGUUGCGCGUCAGGUUCAGGUUGUUGGUAUGUCGAGAGCACUUUGAUCCCUUUUGGGACGCUAUGGCUUCACUUAUUGGCUGUUACGAGGUUGCGCAAGAAACUGGGUUAAAAUUUCUCUCGCAAAACAGUCCCAUAGUGCAAUUGGACUGGCCACUCUGUGGUCAAGAGUGAUAUUUCACAUAUAUUUACAUGAAGUCAAACGGCAACCAUAAAAUGGCUAAUCAUUGGAUCGAUGACCGUUUCUGGAAAAACUCCCAACCUCCGAACCCCUAACCCAUGUUUCUUUCCUAAAGCCACCCGUUAGGGAAAAACGAGAGUUAAGGUGGGUUGGGAGGGACCCAGAAACUGUAAAUAAUUCGACGAGAUCCCGUUUUUGUUUGUUUGUCAGCCGGCUGUCGCAUUACUCAGAUCCAUUUAUUGUGUGGUGGAAUUAUUCCUCUGUUGUCUGCUUUGGAGAUGGCCAUGGCUAAAAAUGCUGAUAAAAUUGGUCUCAGGUAAGUAACUCUUAACCCCUUCGCUUCAAAAAGAACUGAUUAUCAAAAGCAUGAAUCGCUAUAAAAGCCGAAGCACUGCUAAAAAGGCUAUAUGUGAAUGGUCGCACAAUGUAUUCACAGUAUGUUUUAGCGGUUGAUAUUUUGUCCGUCUGGCGACUUCGGUUACCGAGGCGUGAGUUUUGGUCGUGUCAUUGCAGGGUUUGAACCAGGCCGCGCCAUUGCGCCAAUCCCGCACUGCAGUUGGAAUUGUCCCUUUAAAAAACGGCCAAGGGGACAAUUUGUCCCCUUCAAAAUUUAGGGAAAAAACUCGAAAGAAAGCACACACGAAGAGAUUUAUUUCAGUACAGAAAUUGCAAGCUGAAACAGAACCUGGAAAGUAUAUUUCAUCGCACGUUUAAAGUUCAUUCUAAAGUUACGUUUCAGUCACGCUCUACUGCUGUUUUUGUCGGAAAUCAGGACAAGACAGGACUUCUGAUAUUUCGCGCGGUCGCGGAGCCGCGAAAUUCACAAAAGCACGAAAAAUACCGCGAAAUUCGGCAGAAAUCUUAUCAAAUACAUGUCUGUACAACAUAUUUGAAACUUAUUUCAGCUAUAGGGGCUAUUUACUUGCCGUAAAUUUGCAAAUUUAUCUUGGAACUUCGUCACUGAAACGUGCAAACAGAUUAUGCUGCGAAAAACUGGACACUAGCCAUGAUGUUAAAGGUUUUGCCAUUGGUUCAUUUCUGGAGCGUAUUGGUGUUGAAAAACGUUGAAAAGCGCAAAACCGAUCGAUUUCUAGCGAAAUUUGCCUUGAAAAUAACGACAAAAUCGGUCGUUUUUUACCGAUUGCUUUUCGGUGAAGUUUGCCCCGAAAACUCCCGCCAAAUUCCCGCGAAAUUGGCCGAUUUUUCCGCGAAUUUCUCCCUAAAAUCCCGCGAAAUUUGACUUUUUCUUCCGAGACCUAUCAGAAGCCCUGCUAAGACAAGCCCCUUUACAUCAGCAGAAGGGUGUACAAAUUUUUUGUCCCCCUGAAAAUGAAAAUGUCCCCUAAAAUUUUAGCCAAGGGGACAAAUUGCCCCCAGUGGUCAAAUUCUAGCUCAAACCCUGGUCAUUGUGUUUGGUUCUUGUCGCCGAGCAGUUUUUCUUUUUCCUUUUUGUUGCAGCAAGGAAAGUCGAUCUCUGAGAGUAGUCCGCGUUGAGCUAGAUAACGGUCAGCGGCUGGUAGGUCUGCGUUACCCAGAGCAACUCAUUCCGGAAGCUACAUUGUUUCUGAAGGAGCAAAAGUUGCUCGACGCCGUUAUCGUAAGUAAAUAUUGAUUUGUAUAAAGAAAAGUGUAAAAAAUUCUCAUCACACAUUUUUGGCCAAGCACUCGUGUUAAAGAACAGUUCCCGACCGGUCCUUAAUUUUAGCAGCGUUGAACGAGUGAUAACCACACUCAGUCAUCAUCAAGAACUCCUCUUACCCAAGAGUGACCAACAUUAAUUUUCUCCUAACAAUAAUAUUUAACAAUUAUUCCUCUCGCCUUCAUGGCCUCUGAGUCAAUAGCCCAUGAGGCCGAAGGCCAAAUGGGCUAUCGACUUAGAGGCCGUGAGGGCGAGAGAAAUAUUUUUUUUUAGUAAAAUCCAACCUAGCUGGUCAAAAAUAUCGAGACAAAACAGGUUUAGCUGGUUAAAGCUAGACUUUAAUCCUUUUUUUGCCGCCGAAAAGCCCGCCUUUUCGCUACUAGUGGGCUAUAACAUAUAGCGUAGUAGUAGCUCAACCAAUCAGAACGCAGCAUUGAUAAUAGACCACUAGUUGGAUUUUACUAAAUAGAUUUAGCCAGGGCUAAAAGCGAAGCUCUGGUUAAUAAUACUUAUAAACAAGAAAAAUUAAAACGUGUAAUGCUAAACGGGGACGGCAAUGAAAAUGGCAUCAAGUUUAAUAGAACUAAUUAGCAAAAAAACAAAUUGCACGUGCAGCACACUUUUUUUUCUAAUUAGCAAAAAAACAAAUUUGCACGUGCAGCACGCUUUUUGUCUUUCGUUGCCGUUGUUUUGCACAACUACAAUGCUGUUUUGUUGGACUAAAUCGUCAAACUUCCUAGUUACACAUUAUUUUUAUGGAGGAAUUGUCGUAUCUGCUUACCCAAUAUUUUGUCUCCUGUUUUCAUGUUCGCUUUUAUUUUUCACUGCCCCUCAUUUUCACCUUGCUGGGCGUUCCUUGCUGGCCGCUAGCAUUUCUCAUUAUCUCAUCGCCGCUUUGAAUUUUUAUGUUUUUCUUCCUACAAAAUUCGGCUGUAGCUCUUUCUCUGUUAUCCACGUGAAUGUAAACAUCAAAAAUAACAUCGAAAAAUACAUGACUUUGUACUUCUCACUUAGGGCAAAAUGUUGGCUUAGGGGAGGGGUAGGUGGGCAGUUCCCAGAAGCGUGUAAUGAUCCAUAAUAUCAAUACGUAACCAAGAGAAAAGGUUAUAAGAAUUAAUAAAAUGUAACCAAAAGUUGAUCUUUUACCAAAUUCUCUGUUCUAAUUUUGUAAAAACAUACGUGAAGAAAAAGUCCGGAGAUUUUGUUUGUCUGUGUAUACUGGGUUUUCAUAGUACACAACAGAGAAUAAGUUUUAUUUUAACAUCGCAGCAUGAUCUUGUUACUUAUCUGAUAUUUAUUUCAAAUUAUUAAUAACCUGCUUCUAGGCUUCAACUUUGAACCUUGUUAGGUAUUGUUUUGACUUAAACGAUUAUCUUUUUUUUGCUGUUGUUUUUUUUCCUUUACUUUCUAGGACAAACAAAAUGGUGUUUUGAGUUCAACAGAACCUUCUCUUAGACAGCCAUCAAAAGCCAGCCGAGCGUUUGAGGAAGCGGAAACUCCCAUCAACCAAAGGACGUUAACUAAGGCUACUAAUCCUCCUGUAACUAUAAAGAAUUUCUUUAAACCGAAGACUGUUGAACGAUCACCUGAGAGUAAUAAAAGUGCAUCAGAACAUCAGGAUGUUAAGGAAAAGAGCGGGGAAAAUGACUGCAAUGAGAUCGAAAAUCAAGAAAUAGAGAACAACUUCAAAAACAGUACGGAUGACAAACAAGCAACCACCAAAGUAAGUAAGAAGGAAGUCAAAUCAAUAUACUUUAAAUCGAAGGGAAGUGAAAAGGAAGACCUCCCGGAAAAUAAAGGACCUUUCAAAGGUGCUGCUAAGUGUAAUGGUCUUGUGCGCCACCCUUCGGAACCCCUUUCGAAAGAGAACCUUCAAGGAAAGAACUCUUUGAAAAGAACUGGUUCUGAAGCGUCGUCAAGGGCGAUUAAGGGACAGAAGCAAUCGAGCAUUUUGUCUCCGUUUGGGAAAAGGAGUGACAAAGAUUCUAAGGACCAAAUUGAGAAGGAAGUUCUCUGCCCUGUUUGUGGGGAGAAAUUUGCGAGCGGAUUCAAAAAUUCUGAUAUCAACAAACACAUCGACAAUUGUCUCAGUAAAUGA